AGCGCCACAAUACUUGUCAGAUAUUGUAAUGAUAAACCACCCAUUUUGUAAUAAAGAUUGAAAACGUAACUGACUAUUCAGUCCGUGUAUUUAAACGACGUUAGUCCUGUCUUGAUAGCAUACAGUUUUAUUUUGGUGUGCAUUUGGUACGGACUGCGCGUGACAUUUACCUUGGCCUUGCAAUAUGUCCUUGACCCAGGAACAGUGUGAGACGUUCUGGAAAUCCGCGGACAUUAACGUGGACGGCUUUCUGACCAUUCAGGAACUUGCCGUCGCCCUGAGGGGUUACCGCGCUCCAGGGAGCAAACUUACUGACAAGGACAUCGCUUUUAUGUUCAACUCCAUCGACAAGAAUCAAGACCAUAAUAUCUCUAAGGCAGAAUUCUUCGAGGAAAUGAGCAAGCCCCCUCGCUCCCAAACGCUCAAGGACACUUUCAAAGCGUUCGACAAAGACGGAAAUGGUUCCCUGUCUCGUUCUGAACUCGAGGCUGUGGUCCGUGCUUCAAAGUGCUUCAAACCAGAAGAGAUCGAAGCUGCAAUAGCGGAGAUAUUUAACACCGCAGACAUCAAUCAUGACGGAUCUGUCAGUCUUGAAGACUUUAUCAAAUCCCUGCCGUUACAACCACAUAAUGGUAACCAAGCCACGUGGCACAAUUGUUAA